AUGUUCUUGAAAACAUCGAUUGAGCGGCUUCUCAACGAGUCUUCAAUCCAUAAACGGAAUAAUGUGGAGCUGAAAAAGGCUUGUGAGACUGCUCUGGGUGAGUUGUUAACCGUUUGUUUGUUUUUAUGUGUUUAGAAAGACUUGGGCUUGGUAUUUUUGAAGUCUUCCAUGGUAUUUUCGCAAGGAUCUCGCAGAAUUUUGGGCUAUAUUAUACUUGACCUACGGGUAUAAUAUUUUGGUUGAUUUUGGGUAAUUCGAAGAUUUCUACUGGCUAGGCCGUUUACUUGGAGCAUGUGCAUGCUGUCUUUGAGCAAUUUAUCUUUGAAAUUCUGCAAUUCUCGGUUACUUUGACCUUGUCUUAUUCAUGUUAAGCUUUAAUACCAAGGGCCGUUCGGUUUUCUUCAAAUGUAGGGUUUAUUUUUAGAACAGCUCGGUCGAGAGGGCGAAGUGAAGGAAAACAAUCAUACGGGUGGAGUUUUGCCUUCGCAUCAUGGCUACAUUUUUGCCGAUCCGUAUUUUCUUCCACUUGAUCUGGCCUGUCGCUCAAGCACUCCGAAAAUUGCCGCCAUCGCCUUGGAUUGUAUACAAGUGAGUCUGCUGUGCUUUUUAUUUUCUUCUGUGUUUAGAAACUGGUAACUUACGGGCAUUUGAUUGGAAAUACGACGGAUCCCGCAAAUCCGGAGCGAAAGUUGAUCGAUCGGAUAGUUGAAGCUGUUUGUCAUCCGUUCGAUGGUCCGCAGACCGACGAAAAUGUUGAGUUGCAAAUUAUCAAGGUGUGUUUUUAGUGAUACCAAUUUUUUGGAGUGUUUAGAAACAUAAAUAAUAUUAUCCAUGACAACAACUUUGAAUUCCAGGCUCUUCUCGCCAUGGUGUUGAGCAGUAAUACACAAGUUCAUGACGCCGCUCUCCUCAACAGUGUCCGCAUCUGUUUCAACAUUUGUUUGGCCACCAAAAAUGCCACAAAUUGCUCAACAGCGAGGGCGACAUUAACGCAAAUAAUUACACGGGUUUUCGAAAAGAUGGAAGAAAACGAAUACGAUGGGGAAUAUGCGGAAGAGUCGGAUGAUGUGGUAGUGAAAUCGGUGUUGGACCAAUUGGUCAAUGAUAUUGUACAUAGUCAAGAACAUUCCGACGAAAAGACGCAGAAGAGUUUCGAAGAUCACACCAACAACAACUCCACCUCGUACCAGCUGGAGUUCAAGUCGACGGAGGAGAAGGACGCCUUCCUUCUGCUGCGCGCCCUCUGCAUGCUCAGCAAGAAGGGCGCCGCCACCUCGGACCCGCAAAGCCACGAACUCAACAGCCUUCAUCUGAGCCUGGACAUGAUUUUAUUGGUCCUCCAAAAGAGCAAGAUCACCUUCCCGGACAAGCACAGCUUCAUCUACGUCCUCAAGUACUAUCUGUGCCCGGCGUUGAGCAAAAACGCCUCGUCGUCGGUGAUUUCGGUCUUCGAAAAGUCGCUCGCCAUUGUCGUGGAGCUGAUCAACAAGUUCAGGGCGCAUUUGAAACCACAAAUUGAGGUAGGGAAAUUUGUGGGAAACAAAUUUUUGGGUCGAUUGGGAGGGGUAUUUUUAACAGGGAAAUUAUUACUUGUAUGUGGUAUGGAGUUACAAGUCGAGAAAUAUAUCAAAAAGAGACCGUUUCUAAAGCCUAUUUUCAAAAAUUCACACCUCAAAAGGCGAGCUUUCAACCAAAAAUCAUCUUUUUUAUCUUCACCAUGACAUUUAUUUUUUUACUCAUCAAAAAAACCUCAAAUUUUACCACCAAAAUAAAGGAAAUAAAAAUCCGUCAUCAUGACACAUUUAAUUUAGACUCUUUCUAAAGCCUAUUUUCAAAAAUUCACACCUCUUAAGGCGAGUUUUCAACCCGAAAUCAUUUUUAUCUUCACCAUGACAUCUUAUUGAAAUGUUGCAAAAAUCAAAAAACUUUUCUUACAAGGAAAGUACUUCAAUGGGGCAUGGAGUUACAAGCCGAGACAUAUCAAAAAAUUCGCAAAAUUUUUCUGAUUCAGAAUGUGUAAAAAUUAGCUGCCCAAUUUUGGUUUGUGAGGGCGAAAAAAUCCUCAGAACCUUUCUCGCAACUGCACGCUGAUGCCCCAUUUUUUACAUUGGAACUCAUAUUAAGGUGUAGUAUUAAUCAAAUUUGAUAUUUUGAGGAAUUGUCAAGAUAUUAGGGGUUACUUUAGCUCAAAAACAAUCCUUUUAAAUUGGUAAAAACCUGGUGAAAAAAGUUCUGACAAGGGAAUGGUCUGAAGUUUGCUUUUUUGACCAAGUUUUUACCAAUUCAAAGGUUUUGUUUUGAGUUAAAGUACACCCUAAUAUCUUGACAAUCCUCAAAAUAUCAAAUUUGAUUAAUACCUUAAUACUAGUUCCAAUGUAAAAAAGGGGCAUUUGCGUGGUGUUGCGAGAAAAGUUCUGGGGUUUUUUUCACCCUUAUAAACCAAAAUUGGGCAGCUAAUUUUAACAUAUUUUGAAAAUCAGAAAAAUUUUGCGAUUUUUUUGAUAAAUGUCUCGACCUGUAACUCCAUGCCCCAUUGAAGUACUUUCCUUGUAAGAAAAGUUUUUUGAUUUUUGCAACAUUCCAAUAAGAUGUCAUGGUGAAGAUAAAAAUGAUGAUUUCGGGUUGAAAACUCGCCUUUAGAGGUGUGAAUUUUUGAAGCCAGGCUUUAGAAAGGGUCUAAAUUAAAUGUGUCAGGAUGACGGAUUUUUUUGUUAAAUUUUGGUGGUAAAAUUUGGAAAAUUUUUAUUUUUGAUGACUAAAAAAUUUUUCGAUUUUUUUCAGUAAAUUUGACAACAAUUUCGCUUGUAGGUCUUCUUCAACACCGUGAUCCUCCACUUCCUCGAGUCCAACACCUCCGACUUUGAGCACAAAUGGAUCUCCUUGAACACGGUCUCCAAGAUCUGCGACGAUCCCCAAAGCGUGGUGGAUAUCUACGUGAACUACGACUGCGCCCUCUCCUCGGCCAAUGUGUUCCAACAACUGGUGGAGCAGCUCUCCAAACUCACGAAAAGCACGGUAAUUCCGGCGCACGCCGCCCAAGGCGCGAAGGAAAAGGAGAAACACAUCCGGGAGCUGAGUCUGAUAUGCUUGGUGAAGAUCCUGAAAUGCCUGAUGCAGUGGUACGAGAAUAUGUAUCGGGAAGAGGACUCUCAAAGCCGAUUGGACACGGAAAAUGCGGACGAUUCGAUGUCCGCCAACAAUAGCUCCAGCACUUUGCUUCAUCAGUUUGAACAAAGAAAGCAGCAGAAAAGUAUCUUGGAACAUGGGUUGGACUUGUAAGUUGGCUUUGGAGUAAUUGAGAAUUGGUCUGAGAGUAUUUUAUGAUGUUUUGGGAGUAGUCGGUCUGGAUUUUGACAGAAAUUUUGAGGAAAUUUGAAGUUUUGACCAAGUGUAAUAUAAAAAUUUUUUGUAUGGAGGGCUUUGAGGUGAGAGAGAGGCUUCUUGUCUAUUUUGGAGGAGUUCUGAGGGUAGUUGGCCUCAUUUUAGACUGUAAAGUUGAAGAAAAUAAAAAAAAUUUUGCCUAGUGUAAUAUAAUAAUUGAAAAGUUGGAAGCUCAUAAGUGGCAGGAUGGCUUUUUGGUGAUAAUAGAGGAGUUUUGAGGUCUGUUGCUGCAAUUUUGUACAACAGUUUUGCCCAUUUUUCCCAAAUUUUGUCUACUGUAAUAUAAAAAAAUUUUAACUGAAGAUGGGAAAUUUAGCAUUAUUAGUGACCAUGGGCUUUUGUAAUGUUUAUAAUAAUUAUUGUUUUCAGAUUCGCCGCAAAGCCCAAGAAAGGCCUGGCCUUUUUCCAAGAGAAGAAAUUCAUCGAAAACACCCCGGAAUCCAUCGCCAAGUUCUUUUUCACCGAAGAACGAUUGUCGAAAGAAACAAUUGGCGACUAUUUAGGCGAAAGGGACCAAUUCAACAAGGAAGUGAUGAUGUGUUAUGUGGAUAUGUUCAAUUUCUCCAACUUGACCGUUGUGGGAGCGCUGCGCAAGUUUUUGGAGAAGUUCAGAAUCCCCGGCGAAGCACAAAAGGUGGAUCGGUUGAUGGAAAAAUUCGCCUCACGAUACAUCGAAUGCAAUCCGAAGUGAGAAUUUGAAUUUUUUUGGGGUUUUUUGGGAAAUUUGGGAUUUUUGAUUUUUUUUUUUUUUUUUUUUUUUUUUUUUUGAGAAUUUUUAGAUAUUUUUUGGUAAAAUACGUAGUGUAAUAUGCUGUUUUUAUAACUUCUAGGGAUUUUUCGAGAGUUGGAUAUUGAUUUUUAUCGUGUUAGAUGCUUUUAGGUAACAAAAUUUUUAAAGCUUGGAAAAUUUGAGGGACUGUUUUGAAUAUUUAUAUUUAGUAAUGUAGAAUAUGACAUAUUCAAAGUGUCGAAGGAUUUUUGAACGUUUUUGUCUGAGUUUGAGACCGUAUUUUCCAUUUUUAAAAGAUUUUAGGUAACAAAUUUUUGAUUUUUGAUAAAUUUAAGGGGUAAUUGGGAUUUUUCGAGUGGCUAUGGUAAACUACGGAUUGGAUAACUUUUACUAAGUUUGAUUUUUUUGUUUUGGACAAUUUUAGGUGUAAAUUAUAGAUUUUUUAAAAUUUUUUUGACUAUUUCCGCAAAUUUGACCUUCAAAUUGCAGCGCCCGCUCCUACGCCUCCGCCGACACGAUCUACGUGCUGGCCUACUCGAUUGUGAUGCUGACGACGGACCUGCACAGCGCGCAAGUGAAACAAAAAAUGUCGCGCGAGGAGUACAUCAAGAACAUCCGAGCGCUGAACUACACCAACGACCUGACCGACGCCUUCAUCAACGACAUCUACGACGACAUUGCGGCCAACGAGAUCAAGAUGAAGGGCGAGAAACACAAGUGGCGCCGCGUGGACACCACCAACACCACCCACCGCCAACUCAAACUGAUCCAAAAAAGCGAGUUCGAGCUGAUCGCACACAACGCGCACAGCCUCAUGGAAGCCGCCACGUCCGCCAGCACCGAAUACACAAGCGCCACGCAUCUGGAGCACGUCCGCCCCAUCUUUGAGGUGAUCUGGCAGCCCUCGUACGCCGCCUUUUCGAUUGGUCUACAGUCCAGCGACGAUCACGACAUAUGGUCCCAAUGCCUUCAUGGCUUUCGAUAUUCGAUCAGAGUGGCAUGUGUGUUCCGCAUGAAGAACGAACGCAACGUUUUUGUGGAUGCCCUGAAGAAGUUCACCAAGCUGGCGACCAAAAAUUUGAGCGACAUGAAAGCGAAGAAUGUGGAGGCCAUAAAAUUGCUGAUCACGGUCGGCGAUGAGAACGGAGACUACCUAGAUGAGCGCUGGUUGGACGUACUCGACUGUAUCAGCCAGCUGGAGAUUGCUCAACAACUGGGAAGCGGAAAGAACCCCGAAGACCUCCGAAGAGCCCUAAAUGUCACCGACAAAUCGCUGGGAACCCUUCAGGAAUGCCUCGACGAAACCUCAAGCCAAAGCGUGGUGGUUGCGGUGGACAAAAUCUUCCAAAAGAGCAGUAGAUUAACGGGAGAGGCGAUCGUCCACUUUGUCGACGCACUCUGCACUGUUUCAAGAAAUGAACUGGCCAUCCCAGGCGCGCCGCGAAUGUACAUGCUGCAGAAAAUUGUGGAAAUCUCGUUCUACAAUAUGAACAGGAUCAGAAUUGAGUGGUCCUUCAUCUGGAAGAAGAUUGGGGAAUUGUUUAAUACGGUGGGUUACGGUAGAAAUUGAAAGGGGAUUUAUGGAGGAAAUAUGGAAAAUUUGGGGAAAGUAGAGGGUCUAUUGGAGUUUUUAGGCCAUCUUAGAGGGGUUAGAAUUUUUUUGGAGUAGGGUGACAUUUUAUACGAUGGAUUUUCGAAAAUUUCUUUUUGUGGAAAAUGGGUAAAAUAAGGUGAAUGGAAGUGCGUAAUGAGUAGAAAAGACGAUUGAAAGUGUUCUUAGACCCUUGGCACGAUUAUAUCGCAAUGACAGGGUUUUUGGAAUUUUUUGAAAUUUCCAAAAUUUUUGAGAUUUUCCAAUUUUUUUUGCUUAUUUUUGAAUUUUCAGGCCGGUGUCAGCUCCAACGAGACCAUUUCCUACUUUGCACUCGAUGCCCUGAAGCAAUUGUCAUCGAAAUUUCUGGAAAAGGGCGAACUCCCCAAUUUCAGUUUCCAAAAAGAAUUCCUCCGCCCGUUCGAACUGAUCAUGGAGCGAAGCCAGAGCCAGUCGAGAAGAGAGCUGAUCAUCCAAUGUAUCGGCAACAUGGUCAAAAGCCACGCGAACAGAAUACGAUCCGGCUGGAAGAAUAUUUUCUCGGUCUGUGCCAUAGCCGCGUUGGAUCAAAGGGCCGAAAUUGUGGAGUCCGCGUUCAAAAUCACUUCGGAUAUUGUUAGUAAGUAACAAGGAGGUGCUAAAGAUUCUAUGCUAGUUUUUUUCCGGUCGAAAUCGGCGAAUUUUGGGCUUUUUUGGAAGUUUUCGCGAAUUUCCAGAAAAUCCGUCAUUGUGAGGGAAAAAAAUGGUGCAGAUUGAGCAUCGUUACUAUGAAAAUUUGAGAGAACAGUGAAUUUGGCUACAGAAAGUUGGAUUUGAAAAAAUAUUGACGAAAGAUUCAAAAAUAAAGAUGUCAUGAUGACGGAUUUUCUGGAAUUUUUGAAAAGUGGUCGUUUUGAACGGGGUUUUUGAAAAUUUUGAUUGAGCCUUUUUUACAAUGUCGUUUUUUACGAUUUGUGACUCUGAAAUAACAAUUUUUUAGAAGGUUUUUGCCAAAUUUUACCAGCUUGUCUAGUACAAUAUAAUUUUUGUUCGAAUUUGACCAUUUAUUUCAGAUAAUGUGUUCCCCGAACACUUUGUGGAGCUCCUCGACUCAUUCCAAGAAGCCAUCAAGUGUCUGUCCGAGUUCGCCGGCAACACGGACUUCACGGACACCUCCAUGGAAGCGAUCGCUUUGAUCCGAAGCGCCGCAACGCUCGUCUCACAAAACGCCGACGUCAUCAACGAACACCUCAGCGACGACGACUUGGCCCUGGAGCAGUCGACGCAAAAAGUCUGGAUGAAGGGAUGGCUCCCGAUCAUUUUUGAGCUCUCCAGAGUCAUAAAUCGAUGCAAAUUGGACGUCCGAACACGAAGUUUGACCGUAAUGUUCGAAAUUGUGAAGACUUAUGGUGCAGACUUUCGAUUGGAUUGGUGGACGGACCUGUUCCACAUUGUGUUUAGGAUCUUUGACUUUGAUAAAUUGAAUCAGCUCGGACCUGAGGUAAGGGGAAGAUUUGGGAUUGGAGGGAGGUAAAAAUUAAUUGAAAAGGUGUGUGGGAGGGUUAGAAGUUAGUUGUGAGUAGUUUGGAAUGGAUUGAAUAUCAAAAAUUGGAUGUUUUGAGACCUUUUUGAGUAUUUUUUGUCAUGGAUAAUAUUAUUUUUGAUGUUUUUGGAGGUUUAUUUGGAGUAUAGAUGACAUUUUUGAUAUGUACAGCAAUUUUCAGCGUGAUAGAGAGUACUGCUUGGGUUUUGCGCACAUUUUUUGAUAAAAUUUUUGCCAUGGAUAAUAUAAAUCGUAAAAUUUUUUUUAAUUUUUUGAUGAAUUUUGAGUGAAUUAUAGCUUCUUUUGUCUUGUAAACUGGUAUUUAAUAGUUUUUUUGGUGUUUAAGUUUGAGAUCCCACCUUUUUCGACAUAACUUUUAUCAAGGGUAAUAUAAUUUUUCGUUUUUCAGAAGUCAAUUUGGAUGGAAACCACAUGCCAUCACGCCCUCUACUCAAUAAAUGACGUGUUCACCUGUUAUUUCGACCAACUGGCCCCAACUUUGCUCAAGGUUUACUACCAACAACUGUUCAUUUGCAUCCAAAAUGGAAGUGGGAACCUUGCACCGAACGCCGUCCAAUGUUUCGCGUCCCUGGUGUCGGAGAAUGGCGACAAAUUCACGGAGAAAAUGUGGCUGGAAACCAUGGACUUUAUUGUUGAGGUGUUCAAUUCCUCGAUUCCGGACUUUGAAAAAACGGAUCCGGCUCUGGUGGAGGCGGUCAAAAUUCAAAGUAAUGCCAACCCCGACAGCACAAUACCAAAUGGAAUCCAACCGGCCAAGAAUUCGCCAAUUCAUGAGGAUGGACCAAUACAGUAAGGAAUUUGGAUUUGGUUUUGAUUUUAGGGGAUUUGGAGGAUUUUGGGAGAUUUUGAGAGAUUUUUGAGGAUUUUUUUGGCGUUUUUCGGGGUUUUUGGAGGUUUUAGAGGAUAUGUAUAGAGGUGGCAAUCGGGCUGGGCCGGCCCGGCCGGGCCCGGUGAUUGGGCCGGGCCGGGCCGGGCCUGAGCAGAUUUGAAAAAGCCCUGGGCCGGCCUGACCGCUUCGGCCCACGGGCCGGGCCGCGACUUUCGGCCCGGCCCGGCCCGGAAGGCGGAAAAAUAAAAAAAUUUUAAUAUUAAACCAGCAAAAUAAGGCACAAAAUGCUUUGCAGAAUUGAUGCAUGGAUAUUAAAUUAAGCCUUUUUGACCCAUAUGCUGUUUUACUAUCUUUUAAAACUCCUUAAAAUCUCUUCGAAUUUUUGAUGAUAAACUUAAACAUUUCACUGUAAUUUGAUGACAUGAUGUAAAUGAAAGUGUUUAAGCAGUUUUUGAUUAAACAUGUUGCCUUAUAACGCCCAUAUAUUUACAUAGCUAAAUUCCUAUGGGAUAAAAAAAAUCGACACAAUCCAACUUUUUGGCUAGGUUUUAGGUACCUGCUCGGCUGUCCCAGUCAUCCGACUAGACGUUUUAGUUUCACUUAUACACGCGCAUAAACCCUCUGGAAAGCGUAAAAACUUCCAAUAGAAAAUGCAAAGACUUUUAUCCAACCUUUUUGUAUCAGUCUGUCGAGAAAAUAACGGCGGAUCGUCGCGCCUCGGAAUCGCCCGUCAUCGCUUUGCGACUGCAAGCCGCGGCUUGGGAUUUGAUGCGCGAUAGCGGCGAGGCGAGACAUUUUGCUGCGACGAUCCGCCGUUAUUUUCCCGACAGACUGAUAUUAGCGGGCCAAACAGGGCCGGGCCUGAGCAAAUUUGAAAAAGCCCUGGGCCAGCCUGGUCACUUCGGCCCGCGGGCCGGGCCGCAAAAAUCGGCCCGGCCCGAUUGCCACCUCUACAUAUGUAAGGGUUCAGAAAGGUGAUUGCCGAGUUUUAUGGAGCUUAGGAUAAGAUUUGUCUAUUUUUUUAGGAGUUUUGGAUCAUUUUUGAGGGGUUUUUAUAUAUUUUUGUUAUGAUAUUGUCAUAAAUAUUGGGAAGUUUUGUGGAUGUUAGGCUUUGGUAAUCGAUUUAGAAGGAUUUUGUUUGGUCUCACGAACCAUUUUAGAACAUUUUUGAGGGAUUUUGAGCACUUUGGAUAACCUUUUUAACUUAAUUUUUUUUUCGAAUUUUUGCAAACAAAAAAGGCUUUUUAUACAUUUUUGUUAUGACAAUGUCAUAAAUAUUGGGAAGUUUUGUGGAUGUUUGGCUUUGGUAAUGGAUUUAGAAAGAUUUUUUUGGUCUCAUGAACCUUUUUAAAACAUUUUUGAGGCCUUUUCAUCACUUUGGAUAACUUUUUUAACCUGAAAAAUGUGUUGAGAUUUUUUGGAAAAAAUUUGGCAAAAGAUAAAGAAUUUGUGAGUUUUCAAAGCUCUACAGUGGCGGAUCUGAUUCAGUGGCAGAAAACGUACCAUUUUGCAUCCGAAAAGUAUCAAAAAUGUAGCAAAAUACCUCCCUCUCCGACUAAAAAAUUCCGAUUUCAAAAGCGUGCCCGCUAUUUUUUGUGAAGACGCCUUUCAAAAUGGAGUUUUUUAGUUGGAGAGGGAGGUAUUUUGCUAUAUUUUUGGUACUUCUCGGAUGCAAAAGGGAACUUUUUUUGUCACUCGAUCAGGUCCGCCACUGUCGAGCUUUGAAAGCACACAAAUUCUUUAUCUUUUACCUAAUCUUUUCCAAAAAAUCUCAAAACAUUUUUUUAAGUUAAAAAAGUUAUCCAAAAUACUCAAAAAGUUUCAAAAAUGUUCUAAACUGGUUCAUGAGACCAAAAAAAUCGUUCUAAAUCCAUUACCGAAACCUAACGUCCUCAAAACUUGCCAAUAUUUUAGACAAUAUCAUAACAACAGUAUAAAAAAAAGGAAAUCUUGCCCUUUUUGUUUGCAAAAUUUCAAAAAACAUUUUUUUUUGCAGAAACGGGUAUGAUAUCGUAACGGAGAGUGCCACCAUCCAAAAUUCCUCUCUCAUCCGGUGCCAUGUACAGCUGGAGUUGGUCAAUUCGAUCAGCAACACACUAUUCGGGUCGUCGGCGUUCAAAGUGGAGGGACCGAUCAAGAAAGCGGAGCCUCAAACCCCAACUGGAUCAAUCGCAAAUGGAUUUAUUGACGAAUCGGCUGACUUUAAAGUGAGUUGAAAUUGGUGUUUAUGGUAUUUGAGAGGGGUGAAAUGUAUUUUUGGCAUGGUUUGAGGAGUUGAUGACCUUGUUUUAGGUAGUUUUUGAGCGUUUUUGGAAAAUUUUUUAUAAAAAGUUUUCUUUUUUGGUUGUGUUUGGAAAUUUGAAGGCGUAUUUUAGCUUAAUAAUGAUCUUGAAUUGGAUUUUGAAGGUUUUCAGACGUCUUCCGACCUUAUUUUAGGUGAUUUUUGUUACUUUAAAAAAAAUUUUUUUUAGGUAUGAAUUUUGAAUUUUUGGGUUUUUUGGGAAUUUUAGGGUUUAUUUAAGCCUUUCUUCUUUUCAGGGAUGCUAUUCGAGUUGUCCCCCAACAGUUCUGCUCAAAAUUGUGGACGAAAUGCUGCAGGCUCACGACAUUGCCAGGCAGUUUAACACGGUCCAAAAGUACCGAAACAUCCUCUUCAAGGCCACGCUGAAAAUAAAAGACCUCAAAAACAAACCCAACGUCCUCAAACUGGAGUCCCACGCCAUCCAUUGCGCGCUGAAUGUGCUCCAUCGACUGUAUGCGGACUCUGAAAAUGAGGCGGAAACCAAAAAAUUGAGCGAAAAGUUGGUCAGGUACGGAAAAUUGAGGGGAAUCCAGGUCGGAUGUGGACUCUGUAGAGCAGAUUGGGAAUGGAAAUCAAGAUUUGAGAUGUGAUUUUUGGGUUUUUAGAAGAUUUUUGGGCAAAAAAUUAGAAAAUUAGAUUACUUUAGGUGAAAAUUUUAUGAAAUAAAGGGAAUUAUGGAUAAAUAGGGGUGGAAAAAGGAAAUUUAUGGGGAAAGAAAUGAUUAGAACUGUGAUUUUCGGGUCGGAUGUGGACUCUGUGAAGCAGAUUGGGACUGGAAAUGAAGAUUUGAGAUGUGAUUUUUGGAUUUUUAGAAGAUUUUUGGGCAAAAAAUUAGAAAAUUAUAUUACUUUAGGUGAAAAAUUGAUGAAAUAAAGGGAAGUAUGGAUGAAUAGGGGUGUAAAAAGGAAAUUUAUGGGGAAGAAACGAUUAGAACAGUGAUUUUAGGACUUUUCAGGAGGUUUUCACGAAAAAUUGGGGAAAUUUAUUGGACUGUCCAGAAAGUUCGUUCGUUUUUUUUAUUCUUUUUUUCACACGAAUUUGUUUGUUGUUUGGCAAAGUGUAUAUAUUUGUUUGAUGCAGCUUUUUCUCCUCUACAAAACUGUUUUUAGUUUUUUUUUUGAAAAUUUAAUUUUUUAUUAUUUUUCGGGCUCAAAAAAAUCCUGGAUGGUUAAUCCAGGAGGCAAAAAAUUUUCUUUUCGAAAAAUAAUAAAAAAAUUAAAUUUUCAAAGAAAACUAAAAACACAGUUUUGUAGCGGAGAAAAAAACUGUAUCAAAUAAAUAUUUACGCUUUGCCAAGCAACAAACAAAUUCUUGUAAAACAAAAGAAUAAAAAACCCGAACGAAUUUUCUGGACAGUCCAAUAAAUUUCCCCAAUUUUUGGUCAAAACCUCCUGAAAAGGCCUAAAAUCACUGUUCUAAUCAUUUCUUUCCCCAUAAGUGUCCCUUUCCCACCCCUAUUCAUCCAUAAUUCCCUUUAUUUCAUCGAGUUUUCACCUAAAGUAAUAUAAUUUUCUAACCUUUUGCCAAAAACAUCUUCAAAAAAUCCAAAAUUUACAUCCCAAAUCUUCAUUUUCAGUCCCAAUCUGCUCUACAGAGUCCACAUCCACCCCGAAAAUCAUAGUUCUAAUCGUUUUCCCUCAUAAAUUUCCUUUUCCCGCCCCUAUUCAUCCAUAAUUCUCUUUAUUUCAUAAAAUUUUCACCUAAAGUAAUAUAAGCUUCUAAUUUUUGCCAAAAAAUCUUGUAAAAAUCCGAAAUUUACAUCUCAAAUCUUCAACGAAAACAAGUUUAUUCUGUCAACUUUUAGCACCACCAUCUACGCCCUCGACUACUACCUCAACCUGCACUCGGAGCACCACCGCUCCAGCUGGCUGGCCGUCCUCCAAAUGCUGCUGAAUCGAACGGCCGCCCUGGACUCGCCAAAACUGGCCCUCCUGGGCCGCGAUUAUCGCCUAAAACUGGUGGACCUGAUCGUCUCACCCGAACAACCCAUAGUCAAAGAAGCUCUCCGACGGGUCGUCAUACGAUUUAUCGACUAA